AUGAACAGGGCUGUAGCCACCUGCUGGAUAUUCCUCUUGCUUUCAGCAUUCCUGUGCGACCAGGUGAUGUCCAAAGGUGGCAGAGGAGGAGCCAGGGGGUCAGCGAGGGGCAGUGCCCGAGGCGGCCGUACAUCUCGCACCCGAGGUUCUCCUGCUGUGCGGGUGGCAGCGGCAGCAGCGGCUGGUGCUGUGGUUGCGCUGGGAGCUGGUGGGUGGUAUGCAUCAGCCCAACGUCGACCGGAUGACAGCUCAGAGAAUGGAGAUGAUUAUUACAGCAACAGAACAGACUGGGAGCUGUACCUUGCCAGGACAUCAAAUGCAGUAGUGCAUGACUCCUUAACCUCUAGAAUAUACGCCCUGCUACUGCAAAUAAACUUUGUGAUGUACUUUGCUCCAUGA